AUGCACAGCAGCACGAUUCAUCGAUCCGUCAGUCUUGCUGGCUCCUUCGCUCGCCGCCAACGUGUAAUCAGAUCGGCUCCCGCCUCGGCUGCCCAAGACCCCCAGGCCGGCCCAUCGUACUCGCAAACCGUGUCGGAAAAAGGCGCGCAACCGCCAGCUUCGGAACAUGGGCGAGUGAAAAGGGACGAAGAUAAGCCACGCUGGCUGGUCCACAAGGAAGCACUUCGUCGAAACUUCCCCGAAGGCUGGAAUCCGCCUAAGAAGAUCUCGCGCCCGUCCAUGGCCCUCUUGCGCACGCUACAUCGAACCGAUCCACAUCAAUUCUCCCUGCCGGUCCUCUCCGAGAAAUUCAAAAUCAGCCCCGAAGCCGUCAGAAGAAUUCUCAAGUCAAAAUGGGAACCGACUCAAGACGCUGUCAAGAAAACUCAAAUAUCAGCCGCCGCCGCUCAUAGCCCAGAUGGCUGGGUCCAUCACGAAAAGUUAGAGACUGAUCAGAUCCCUCUUAACCUCGCUCACACCCUUCAGUCCUCACUACAAAAUAACCCAAAGCCUGCGUCUCUCACAAGAAAAAAUUAUCCCCGGAGUUCUCGCAAUUAUGUCAAGAGAUAA